AUGGGUUUCUAUAUGGGUUUCAAAGAAACGGGGCUUUCAAAAUAUAUUCUAUACGUAUUUUCUCUUCUAUGUUUUAUUCAAAAUAUCGUUCUAUUCUUAUUUCCCUUCAUCGGUAUCUCUCAUGAAGUCGAAUCUCACCAUGCCCAUCAUAAGAAACCAUCCAAAAGCCUUCUCCUCUUGGCAGUAUUGACACGUGAAGUCCUUGUGGUCACAAAGUUCAAGAACAUUCAGAAGAAAUAUUUGCCAACAAGCUGCGCAGUCUGCUUGAAUGAGUUUACAAGAGAUGACAAGAUUAGAUGUUUGAAGAACUGUACACAUAUUUUUCAUGAGUGUUGUUUGGAUUGUUGGAUGAAUGAAUCCAAAGACACUUGUCCAGUUUGCCGAACUCCCAUGUUGCCAUUUGAAUGUGAAGAUGAAUACAAAAAUCGACUAAGGGUUGCCACCGAUCAUCGUGAUUGGUAUGAUGAAGCCCUGCAACGCCAUCCUCCCUCAAUCGACUCCAUCCUUACGCCGUCACCGUCCGACAGUGCCGUCGCCACCUCCGUCAGCCAGUGCCCUCGCCGCCUCCGACCACCAGUAUCUUCGCCGCCGCCCUCUUUUACCGUCGUGUAUCUAUCUGAUGAUCGAAAUUCGAUCUUCGAUUUCUCCUCCUAUCAUUCGAUUUCAGCAAAUAAGUUUUAA